GGUCGUUCAUACUUCUUGAAAAAGGGCGGAGAAUAGUCGCGCAGAAGCCAGAACUCUCUUCGUCAUGGCGAAGAACAGUCUUUUUAUCGUGUUACUCAGUGUCGUGAUUUCAGUUGCAUGGACAGAUGAUCGCACUCUUCUCACAGAAGAAGAGGAACGACGAUGGAACACGCCACCGGAGCUCAUACCAGAGGAAGUCAUCAAGUCUAACAUGAAGAACGGACGAUCGUUGUCUAUUCCGAUUACGGCGAAUAUUAACUUGAACACGGGAAACAAUGCGCAUUCUUUAGGCUUUCAAGUAGGCCCUGGGGGUGUCAGCUACUCCGAGAGUAACAGCUUCAACCAACCCAUUAUGACGCAAAGUCAAUCGGUGUCAUUAGCAGCUGGUUCAGCAGGUAUAUCUGGUUCCGUAAGCCAAGCUGUUGGCCAAUAUUAUCCUGUUCAUAAUAUCCAAGGAAACGUAAACAGACCAUCGCUCGCUAUUAACGCCGCUACUUCUUCAUCUACAUCAACUCAAAAUGGACAUGCAACCACAGCUGCAGCUUCAUCUGUUGGUUCUUUACAUACUUCUACGUCAUCGACUGCAGGAAAUAUCAGACCAAUCCAAGGAACAAUAGUCAGAUUUCCAGGACAAAAUAAUAGAUAUCCGAUGUGGACCAAUGUCCGUCCAAAUCAUAAUAAUAACGGUCGUAAGCCUUCAAAUCAACCGAAAUUGGAAAUUGACGUGAAACCACACACGCCACACCAGAAAAAAAAUAAUGGACCUGUAGUACUGGAAAUUACAUCGCAUCAAAUACAACCACAAAAUAGGAGACCAAUGGUUCAUAUAUACAAGUGGUACCCUAGGGCAGAGGAUGUCGAUGAACAAUUUUGAAUAAAAAUAGGAAUUAAAUUCUGAAAAAUAUUUUAUUUACAUUAACAUUAACAAAUGUCCUCUGUGAUUUGUGUAAUUCUAAAUUGAAAUUUUUAAAUUAACUUGUUGCUGAAGUAUUGUUUAUUUGAGAUACUCCAACAUUUGUAGUACACUAUUACCAAUGUAUUUCUUAUCAAUUAUAAUUAUCAUUUAAAACUGUCAUUUUAAAAAGAAAUGUAAGAGAAGCUGAUAUAAUUGAAACAUAUUUAUUUAAAUAUAAGUAUUUAUAAUAUC